CCAUUUAACAAGACGACCCCAACGAACCAAGUGUACACCUUAGACAACGAAUUGGAGCAAGCAGACAAGUCACCGAUCCAUAACCUUACCUCUAGCGUAAACAAAUCUCUCUACCAUGGGAAACCUCAGGAAGUUACUCGUGUGGCAAUUUAUCGUGCUGAGUGUUACGCUACGUUCGGCGCAAUCUCAAGCCAUUGGCACGGACUGCGGCGGGAAGGACUAUCUCUGUCUGGACGAGCGACGCUUCCAAAUCUGUAUUGAUUUAGGCGAUGGAAGGCCACAAACGGUAGACGAUGUAGCCCAAUCGUGCCCCACGAACUCAUUCUGUAGCAAUACAGGACAGUUUGAGUGUGAUUCAUCGGUGCCACCGACGACGACGACUACUACUACAACUACUAUUACUACUACUGCUUCUACUACUGUGCCACAAGCGGAGACAAUUGCCCCUCAAGAUCCAAUGCAGCCUCCCGCAGAUGAGAUUAUUGUGGAACCUCAACCAGAAUCUACAGUGGUCGCAGUAGAACCUCAGCCGGAAACUACUGUGGCUGCUGGAGAACCUCAACCGGAAACUACAGUUAUUGCGGGAGAGCCCCAGCCAGAGUCUACUGUAGCUGCUGUGGAACCACAACCAGAAACUAGCGCAGUUGCUGGAGAAUCUCAACCACAGACAACUGUCGUAGCUGUGGAACCCUCGCCAGAAUCUACUGUUGGUGCUGGAGAACCUCAACCGGAAUCUACAGUUAUUGUGGGAGAAACCCAGCCAGAAGCUACAGUUGAUAUUAACGAACCACAACCAGAGACUAGCGUAGCUGCUGGAGACCCACAGCCACAGACUACGGUUGUUGCAACUGGACAACCUCAGCCAGAAACUACAGUGGCUACUGGAGAAUCCCAACCAGAGACCACUAAUGCUGCUGGAGAACUUCAACCAGAAGCUACUGUGGCAACCGGAGAAAACCAACCAGAGACUACAGUUGUUACGGGAGGAGCUCAACCAGAGACUACAAUUGUUGCUGGUGAACCACAACCAGAGAGCAGCGCAUCUGCCGCAGAACCUCAACCACAAACUACUGCCGUAGCUGUGGAACCUCAACCAGAAGCUACUGUCGGUGCUGGAGAACCUCUACCAGAGUCUACUGUGGCAGCUGGAGAACCUCAGCCAGAAACUACUAAUGCUGCUGGAGAACUUCAUCCAGACACUACAGUUGCAGGAGGAGAAGUCCUGCCAGAGACUACUGUUGCAACUGGGGAUUUACAGCCAGAAACUACUGUUAUUGCUGGAGAACCACAACCUGAAACUAGCAUAACAGCUGGAGAACCACAGCCGGAUACUACCGUUAUUGUGGGAGAAACUCAGCCAUCUGUCGCUGCUGGUGAAUCGCAGCCAGAAACAACCGCGGCUGCUGGAGAAGCACAACCGGGAACUACUGUCGCUGCAGGACAAUCACAGGCAGAUACUACAAUUGUUUCUGGUGAGCCUCUACCAGAGAAUACUGUUGCUGCUGGUGAGCCCCAACCAGAGACAUCCGUUGUCCCUGGGGAGCCUCAACCAGGGACUUCAAUUGCACCUGGAGAAAUUCAGCCAGAAGCUUCCGCUGCACCCGGGGAGUCUCAACCUGAGCCGUCGCUUGCCCCUGGAGAUGUCCAACCAGAGCCAUCAGUUGUACCUGGAGAUACACAAGCUGAUGUAUCAGUAACACCUGAACAACCCCAGCCAGACACUUCCGUUGCUCCUGGAGAGCUCCCACUAGAAACAUCAGCUGCACCCGGAGCUGCUCCUGCUCAACCAGAGAGUACUAUUGCUCCUGAACCACCAGUGACACCCGUUGAACCUCAACCAGGGUCUUCAAUUGCUCCUGGAGAAACCCAACCAGAUGCUUCAGUUGCUCCUGAACAACCACAACCUGAGACUCCAGUUGCUCCUGGAGAAACCCAACCAGUUGUACCCGAAGAACCCCAGCCAGACACUACCAUUGCUCCUGGAGAAUCCCAACCUGAGAGUUCCAUUGCGCCAGGUGAAACUCAACAAGAUACUUCCAUUGUUUCUGGAGAACCGCAACCAGAGACUUCCGUUGUACCCGGGGAGCCCCAGCCAAACACUUCCGUUGCACCCGUAGAAACUCAACCAGAAUCUUCCGUUGCACCUGGACAACCCCAACCUGAGACUUCUGUUGCUCCUGGAGAACCCCAACCAGACGCUUCCGUUGCACCCACAGAAACUCAACCAGAAUCUUCCGUUGCACCUGGACAACCCCAACCUGAGACUUCCGUUGCACCUGGAGAGCCCCAGCCAGACACAUCCAUUUCACCCAUAGAAAGUCAACCAGAAUCUUCCGUUGCACCUGGACAACCUCAACCUGAAACUUCCGUUGCACCCGGGGAGCCCCAGCCGGACACUUCCGUUGCACCCGCAGAAACUCAGCCAGAAUCUUCCGUUGCACCUGGUCAACCCCAACCUGAAACUUCCGUUGCACCCGGGGAGCCCCAGCCGGACACUUCCGUUGCACCCGCAGAAACUCAGCCAGAAUCUUCCGUUGCACCUGGUCAACCCCAACCUGAAGCUUCCGUUGCACCCGGAGAGCCCCAGCCGGACACUUCCGUUGCACCCGCAGAAACUCAGCCAGAAUCUUCCGUUGCACCUGGUCAACCCCAACCUGAAACUUCCGUUGCACCCGGGGAACCCCAGCCGGACACUUCCGUUGCACCCGCAGAAACUCAACCAGAAUCUUCCGUUGCACCUAGUCAACCCCAACUCGAGACUUCCGUUACUCCAGGAGCACCCCAGUCAGAGAAUUCAGUUGCACCUGGAGAAACCCAGCCAGUUGGACCUGGAGAGAAUCAGCCAGAGAUUUCAGUUGUACCGGAAGAGCCUCAACCCGCUACAUCAGCAGCACCUGGGGAAAUCCAGCCAGACACUUCCGUUGCACCUGGAGAAAAUCAAUCAGAAAGUUCCGCUGCUCCUGGACAGACCCAACCAGAGACCUCAAUUGCACCAGGAGAAACCCAACCUGAUUCUUCAGUAUUACCUGGACAAUCUCAAACAGAAACAUCCAUUGCUCCUGGCAAUUCUCAAACAGGUACUUCCACUGCACCUGGACAACCCCAACCGGAAACUUCCGUGGCUCCUGCAGAAACUCAGCCAGAACUAGAGACUUCUGUUGCUCCAGGAGGAAAUCUGCCGGAUUCUUCUGGUGCUCCUGGUGAAGCUCAGCCAGACACUUCAGUUGCUCCUGGACGACCCCAACCAGAUACUUCAGCCGCUCCUGGAAAUUUUCAACCAGGAAGCUCAAUUGCACCUGGACAACCUGAACCAGGAACUUCCGCAGCACCAGGAGAAACCUUGCCGGACUCUUCCGUUGCUCCUGGAGAACCUCAUCCAGGAACAUCCGGAGCUCCUGAACAACCUCAACCAGAAACUUCCGCAGCUCCAGGACAACCCCAACCCGAAACAUCCGCUGCUCCUGGACAACCUAACCCCACUGAAGGCUCCAACGAAUUAACAACACCAAGCACUCCGACAUCAACAACCGCACGACCCUUCGUCUGCCAGCAAUCCGGAAUUUUCUCGCAUCCAUCCAACUGCCACAAGUACUACCGUUGCAUUCUGCUACCAUUCGGUCUGUAUGAACUGGAACAAACCUGUCCCCUUGGAUGGGCCUACAAUCCAUCGCUACAACGUUGCACAGCCGACCAGAGUCCAUGUUUUGCCGGACAAUUCACCUGCACUUCUCCUGGCCGGUUCGCGGAUCCCCAGGAUAAUACUAAAUACUUCUGGUGUGUAUGGAACAUUCUUGGCGGCUACCGGCAGUACAAACUCGAUUGCCCCAACGGUCAGGUGUUUGAUGCAUAUCGCAGACGCUGCUUGACCCCUACCGUUGACUCCACCAGUGAAGAGGACUCCAACCCCGAGGUUUCCGAUUCAAAUGAUUCCCAGGAGGACUCCGUAGAGGUUAAACAAAAGAUUAAAUUCGAGUGCACCGAAGAAGGAACGUUCCCGGAUCCGGAAAAUUGCGCCCGGUACUUUAUCUGUACGCUGAAGAAGAAGGACAAGUACAAGAAGAAUAAACUAAAGUGUCCCAAGGGUCAGCAGUUCGAUUCGUCGCUGGCAGUUUGUACCGACGAUGAGGAUGUUAUUUGUGGCUAAUGUGUUGAGUCAAUAACAUCAUUUGCUUUCCGGUCGCAGGUGAAGGUCGAUGUUGAACUUUAGUGAAAUUUGCUACUGACUUAGGUCACGGAAGUUGUUACACAUAAACUGUUUAAAAAGUCCAGUCCAGUAAGAAGCCAAUUAGAAUGUUGUGGCAUGGCAUGGCAAGCAUUUUAAUAUCCCGUUAAUAAACUAAGUUUGUAACUCACUCUACGAAAUUACCAGAAUAAAAGAAUACAAUAACUCGGCCUUCA